AAGAAGAAGCGUUUGCCGGUCGAGUCUUCAGAGGUGGUCAUAAGGCACGAUGAAGAUCUGGACGUCAGAACACAUUUUCAACCACCCAUGGGAGACAGUGACAAAAGCAGCUAUGCAGAAGUACCCCAACCCCAUGAACCCUAGUGUAUUUGGAGUAGAUGUGUUGGACCGAAGAGUGGACCAGCAAGGCCGGCUUCACAGCAAACGCCUACUCAGCACAGAAUGGGGCCUUCCAUCUAUAGUCAAUUCAAUCAUUGGUAAUGUACGUGCAUGUACGUAUGUUCAAGAGCAUUCACUUGUGGACCCUAAAGAGAAGACUUUGGAGCUUAAGUCUUCAAAUAUUACAUUUACCAACAUGGUGUCUGUAGAUGAAAGGCUAGUCUACAAGCCACAUCCAGAUGACCCAUUAAAGACUGUGUUGACCCAGGAGGCCAUCAUCUCUGUGAAAGGAGUUAGUCUGAGCAGUUACCUCGAGGGACUUAUGGCGAACACUAUCUCAACUAAUGCAGGAAAGGGCCGUGAAGCAAUGGAGUGGGUUAUCAGGCGUCUGAAUGCAGAGAUUGAGGAGCUGACCAUUACAGCAAGAGGCACGAUGCGGACACCUAUGGCUGCAGCGGUUGUAGAAAAAUGAACUUUUCAAUUUUUUGCAUCCUUUAGCAUUUUAUUUAUUUUUUUUUUUUUGCGGACCACUUUAGUGCGUCUUUUCUCGUUCUGUCCUACUUUCUAUUACUGGGAUUGUGUGUGGGGUGGGGUGUUUUUUUUUUUUUUUUUGAGCAUACUUCUCCCCAUCUCCCUUGUACAAUUGACUCUAUAUUAGAGGCUACUGGCACACAGUGAAUUCUCAGCUUUGUUUAAUAUUGAAAACAGGCUGCUAGCACUGAACAAGAUGCAAGAGGUCGUUCUGAGUGUUGCUGCCCUCAGUGAAUUACUACUGAAACUACCUGGGUUAGAUUACCAUUAUUGUAUUACUCACAUUUGAUAACUCAAGUGUUUUUAUAUUAAAAAAACAGGGGCAGAAUGAUUGUGCAACAUCUAUUUUGAAUAGAAAAACCCAGGAAUUUAAUGUAGAAGUCUUAAUUAUAUUUUAGGUUUUCUGAAAUCAGCACAGGGUCAAAAUUAUAUAUACAGGUUAAAAAAAAUACAAUAUGCCGUAUAUUUGGUUAAAUGUCCCUUUGCAAGUUUGACCUUGACUGGAAGCUUCUGGCAGAAUAUUUCACCACUCUUCUUGACAGGGUUCAAUUAAGCGUUUUGGUUUCCUGGCAUGGACUCAAUUUUUAAGCACCGUUCACAUAUUUUCAAUCGGGUUGAGAGCGGGACUUUGGGAAGGCCUUUCCAAAAGCUUAAUGUUAGUCUGCUUUAUCCGUUCCACAAUCAUAUUUGGUGUCGUUAACCUGUUGGAACACCCAAUUGUGUCCAGGUUUCUGAUGAUUUGAGGGUAUGCUGAAGAAUUCUGAGGUAGUCUUCCUCUGUUGUUCUAUCCACCUUGUGCAAUGCCUCAGUUCCACUGGCAGCAAAACAGUCCCAGAACAUUGAUGCUACUAUCACCAUGCUUAACAGUUGGUACAGUGUUCUUGGGGUUGAAUACCUCAGCUUUACUCCUGCAAACAUCUGGUCAUCAUGGCCAAACUUUCCUCCCAAAGAUAUCAAUUUUAGAGCAGGGACUUCUUUCAUGGCUGGCAGCCUCUCAGUCCAUGUUGAUGUAAAACUCACUUGACUGUAGACAGUGACACUGGUGUUCCAGCAGCUUCCUCCUUUGUGAUUUCCUGGGUUAUUCCUGACCAUUCGAACCAAUUUCCUUCCAGCUGUGGUUGACCGUUUUGGAUCUUCUUCCAGACCUUGGCAAAGUGGCGACACCCUCCAAUAACUUGUCAAACUGUUUUUAUGUUGGCACAAAGAAGCUAACAGCUGUAUGCAAGCCUGAUCCUUAACAGGAAGUUAAGAGGCCUUAGCAAGUUGAGACAGUUUGGAACUUUCAGCACCACUAAAUGAAUAAUCUAAGUAGGUGUAUGUAUAUUUUUGACCCUGUAUGUGUUGUUGUUGUGUUUUUUUUUUUUUUUUUUUUUUUUUUUUAACCCUCUGAUUUUAGAAAACACUAAAUAAAUAAAUUGUGCACCAAAUUCUAUUUUUUCUAUUAAAUAUGCAUGUUUGUACAGUCACUAUUCCCCAGAAAAAGAAUAGCUUAAAGAAACUGUUGAAAGACGAAUGACAUUCAUAUCCUUGGUGAGUGUAUGUAAACAUUUGACUACCUGUGUAUGUGGCUUAAAUUUUUUUUUUUUUAAUAUUUAUUUUUUGAAACCACACACAGGCAGUCAUAUAUCCAGGGUCCCAGGCAAGCUGGAGCCUAUCCUAGCUGACUAUGGGCAAGAGGCAGGGUACACCCUGGACAAGUCACCAGAUCAUUGCAGAGCUAACACAUGGAGACAAACGACUGUUCACACUUGCGUUCACACCUAUGGUCAAUUUAGAGCCACCAGUUAACUUAACCUGCAUGUCUUUGGACUGUGGGGGAAAUUGGAGCACCUGGAGGAAACCCACACAGACGCAGGGAGAACAUGCAAGCUCCAUGCAGAAAGGCCCCCUUCGAACCCAGAACCUUCUUGCUGUGAGGUGACUGUGCUGCCAAGGAUAUGAAUAUUAAUGGCACUAUUUGGCUUUCAACAAUACAAGUGGCGUAUUUCCAAGUAAAACACUCGUGUCCACACACCCUAUAUGCGUGUGUGUAUGCAUGUGUUUUUUUUAUAUAAUUUUUUUUUAAUAUAAAAUAUAUAAAUGACACACACGUAUAUACGUUAUCUUUUUUUUAUAUACCUUUUUUAUAUAAAAUGAGGUGUGUGUGGGGACACAAGUGUUACUGGGAAAUACAUCCAUGACAUUGACAUGUUUUUCAAUAUGUCACUUGUAAGGAAAUUGUUGAAUUUUGAUAAGUUUGGGUACUUUUGUUUGUGAUGCAUCUAUAUAAUAAAAAGAAAAUCACAUGCUGGCUUGAAGAUAUGAAAAUUUACGUUCUCGCGUUACUCAUUUUUCAUAUGAAAUGUAUUUGUGGAUCUGAGUGACAUUUCCCAAUAUCUUCACUCUGACGCGAUCACUCCAUGUUUUUCCUGCUGACUUGACGCAUGUUGUCAAAAUGGUGAACUGAUUCAAAAUGAUAAAAUUUUGAUUAAUUUGCAUUUUUUGUGGCUGUAUCUAUAUAAUAUAAAGAAUAUUAUAUUGUGGUGCGAAGGUAUAAAGUUUAUAAUAGUUUAUUAUGUUGAAAAAUAUCAUUCGUUCGCUACACUCAUUCGUGAAAUAUGUUCACCACUCAGCUAAACUUCAUAUCUUUUGUGUAUAUAAAUUGAUUUCUACCACAGAAAUGCUGACUUGAUGUGCUAGUUGUUAAUGUUAUUAUAAAGUUGCCAUUUUUAUAAGGUAAUGUUGUGCUAAACAUGUCUGCGUUACUUUUAUGCAUUGUACUCUGCUCAAUUUAGGUGUGUUUUUCAACAUCAUUCUCGGAAGUUAAAGUAAGGCAAAUACUGUACUUUUGUACCUCAGUUUUUCUAGGAUUUAUUUUACAAUCUCCGUUCCAGACAAAACUGUAAAACAAACAGAACAUGAUGAUUUGCAAAUCAUGGAAACUCUUGUUGAAAAUAGUACGGGGACAAUAUAUCAGUUGUUGAAACUGAGACAUUUUGUUAUACGUUUUUCCGAAAAUGUUUUUGAGUUUGAUGCCAGCAAUUUGUUUUGCAUGAGGGUGGCUGUUAGUACAGAAA